AUGGUGUUUCUUGCUGUGGCCCUUCCUUCGGGGCAGAUGCCCGAGUUCUAUUAUCCCUCAACUACUAUCACCUAUGCAGCUAUUGCUAUAUUCGGCAUGUCCCUUCUGUCCCUUUAUGUCCAGCUUCUGCCAAAGGGACCCGUCAUCAAGGACGUUCCGGGUUCGUUCCUGGAUCUCUUUUUCUGUGGCGUCAUUACCAAAAUAUCAUUCGUGACCGGGAGGAGCGCUCACCAUUUCCACUCUCUCCAUCUAUCCUAUGCAGGGAAGAUCGCACGGUUUAGUCCAGGGCAGGCCACAACAAACACGCUCAAGGCCCUGCGAAACAUUUACGGUGGCGGGUCUGGAAAAUCUACACCGUUCCUCAAAACAGGGUUCUACAAGAAUAUCUCGCGACAGAACAUAUUCACUGCCUCGGACACUAGAUAUCAUGGGUCAGUGCGCAAGCUGUUCGGGCCCUCCCUGACCCCUGGAAGCAUGCAAGCACAUGGGGGAGUGAUCCGUGGGUGUGUGCUGCGCCUGCAUGACGUGAUCCAGGCCAAAUUAGCGGCAACCGAUACACUGACGCUCAAUGAACUGUUCUACUGCCACUCGGUGGAUACGGUGUCCGAAGUCCUGCUAGGAAAGCCGCUAGGAUGCCUGCAGCGGGGCAAGCCUUACUUCUGGACAGAGCAGCUGCCGCGGAUCUUUUUCUGGGCAACUAUCCGAGACCAAUUCCAAGGAUCCGGGGUCCCCACGAUGAUCAAGUGGAUGCUGCGACGUCUUCUACGCAAGGGAAUUCGUGCCCGCAGCGAGCAGGCACGGAUGCGGUUGAUCAACGAACAACUACGUGCAUCGCACCAUCGCCGCGAUAUCAUGGUUGAAGUGAUGGAGCGUGCAGGGACCAGCGACCUCCCCGAAGCGGAGAUAGCGGAGAACUUUAGCGCUAUCAUGUUGGCUGGCUUCCAUACUACCCAGAAUGCCCUCUGUGCCGUCAUCUACUUCGUCCUGACACACCCGGAGUCUCAUGCAAAAUUACUCCGGGAAUUGCAGACCGCGUUCCACUCGGCAGAGGAUGUCUCCUGGGAAGUGGCCCAGCAACUGCCGUACCUUGACGCGGUAAUUACAGAGGCGCUUCGGCUGUAUCCCCCCGUUCCCAUGGGUGGACCGCGUGUGUCGCCAGGGGCGUAUGUGGAUGGAACAUACAUCCCUGCUGGGACGGAAGUUGCCACUUCCUUGUUCUCCCUGCACCACAAUCCGGAGUAUUUCAACGCACCAUACGAAUUUAUUCCGGAGCGUUGGACGGAGCCAGGAUCGACAGAUCGCAAGGAAGCGGUCCAGCCGUUCUUAGUCGGGAGUCGGGCUUGUAUUGCCAAAUACUUUGCCAAGCAAAUGCUCCAGUUGACCCUGGCGGCCUUCUUUCUGGACUUUGAUGCGGAGUAUGUGGGGAAGGUGAAGGACUGGCAGCGCCAGAGCCCGUGCUACGCAUUUUGGGAGCUGCCAGAUUUGCGGGUGAGAUUGAAGCGCCGCGAGAGGGCCGCCUGA